AUGACCACGGCUGACAUUCUCGACAACGUAAAUGAUCCAAUUAUUGAUAUGAUCACUAGAGUUGCCGGCACUCCUCUUGACUUUGGUGGUGGGCACGUUGAUCCUAACAAGGCCAUGGAUCCCGGUUUCGUGUAUGAUAUACAGAACAACAAUAAUACAACCAGCUAUACCUUCAAGAGGGUACUGACCAACGUAGUUGAUUCAAGUUCUGUCCAUCGUGCGGUGGUGACAGCUCCAUCAGGUAUGAAAGUUGUUGUCCAGCCAGCAACAAUCUCCUUCCUGAAGAAGAGCAGCACAGCCAAUUUCAGUUUGACAGUGGACAUUGAUUUGGGUCUUCGCCCACCGAGUGAUUACAUUGGCAAUUAUGGGUACUUAAGCUGGCAUGAGGAAAAUGGAAAACAUGUCAUGACAAGUCCUAUAGCGUCUGCAUUGCACCUUAAGCGACGAUAG